AUGGAAAUUUCAACUAGCCAAUCUGAGCAAGAAAAAUAUAAUUCAACCCUAUCAUUCCUAAAAUUGAAAUUAUUUGACAUUGAUGGGUCUACGAUCAAUCAUUCAGAAACGGCUAUAUUCAACAUAAAUUGUAUUGUUGGAAAGCAAAACAAAUCAACUGAAAAUCCUGGAGAUAGUGUUCAAGGAAUAACAAUAAACAAGAACCAAAGUGACCUGAUCGAAGCAUACACACCAAUGUUCAGACCACCACCUCAGUCCAAUUUUGCUAGAAUAAAUGGCGAUUUCUCGAACAGCUUUACAAAUUCGUAUUUGGACUAUACGUCAAGUUCGCAAACUCUUGUUUCUACAUACAACCAAAUUACUCGUUCUCAAAAUACUUCAAUCCAAGAUAAGCCCAUAAAACCUUCUCCGACGUCCGCAAAUGUUUUACAAAUGGCACCGGCUAUCGCUGGGGAAUGCUGCACAGAAUGUUGUCCACCAGAUCUUUCUGAACAUAAUUCUUUCAAUUUUCCCAACGAGACUAUAUCAUACGAGUGCUGUUAUAGAACUACAAGUUAUGAUACUUUUUCACUGAUUCCAAUUGGGCAAAAUUCUGAUCCUCGUCAGUUAACGUCACCGCAACUGCAUAAGAUAACGCAUGAGAAAUAUUCACCUGAAGAUCAUAAUGAAAUCUCAGAGAUACCAAGUUUUUCUCGGAUACCAACUUCUCAAUCUACCACUGUUACGAGUGAUCGGGUGAUUUCAGAAAUAUCGAAUAAAGAUGUUGUGACCGUUAAUAAUCAUAGUUCUUUACCAAUUUCACAAAAUAUGACACCACGAAAAGUUAUGAAUUCAAUAAAUGAAGAUACUAUGAAUAAUAGGUUAAUUCAAACAAAUGAUAAUUUACUGUCGAGAUUGAUCUCUGAAAGUGAUAACAUAUCUACUUCUACAACAUCCUCGAAUAUCAUGUUGACAUCUACAUCUGGCACUAAACGAAAACAAGAUAUGAUUUUUGAUGGUGCAAGAUGUCUUUGGGAAGCAUGUGCUGCCGUAUUUAGAUCUAUUGAUGAACUAAUACCACAUCUUUCAAAGCUGCAUAUAGCUCGACGCUCUAAUGGAAUUUCUUGUAGAUGGGCAUCUUGUUCAAAAGAACAAGAAAAUGACGAUGAAUUACUUCAACAUUUAUGUCAUGAUCAUUUGGCAGCGCAGGAUUUUCAACAUGGGUGCAAAUGGCAAGGUUGUUAUUUAAGAUUUGAAACCUAUGAAGAAUUAACUGGACAUGUUAGCGAAGGACAUAUCGGAUGCGGUAGAAGUCAGUACGUCUGUUAUUGGGAGAGAUGUGACCGGAAUGGACGCCCAUUCACGCAACGUCAAAAGGUUAUGCGACAUAUACAGACACAUACUGGUGAUAAGCCUUACCAAUGUACAAUCUGUAAAAAGAGGUUCUCAGAAGCUAAUAUAAUGACUCAGCAUAUGAGAACACAUACAGGUGAGCGUCCCUUUAAAUGUCCACAACCAAAUUGUGGUCGUGAAUUUUCUAUUUCUGGAGCGCUAACUAUACACCUUCGAGUUCAUACUGGUGAAAAACCAUUUAAAUGCAAACAUGAAGGAUGUGUGAAACGGUUUGCUGAAUCAUCAAACCUUACAAAACAUGUAAUGAACUUUAAUUUAAAGUUUAGUCCUAAUAUUACAGUCGCCUCCUGA